GUGCUGGGAGACUACGUUGAAAAAAGAAAAAUUAAGCUUUUAUCUGUAUUCGAAGUCCUUAUGACGAAAAAUGUUAUUUAUUGAAUGACCCUUUGGUUGAAUCGGGGGAUUAUUUUCAGUAAACCUGUUGUCCUCAUUCACAAGUCUAAUAUUCUGGUCUAAAGGUCUCUUCUGGACAAGCACCAUCUUGUUAUAGGCUAAUUUGCAUACGCGAGUAGUCCAAAAGUGACCACAAACACUUGUGCAAGGUUUCUUUGCAUGUCUAGUCCUGCAUGCAAAUCCCAAGUCAUUGAGUUUUUACGGUACUUGUUCUUCCACAAGUGCACAAUCGAACAAAUGUCACUCUAUUUUAUGUACCGCUUAUUCUGUUCUGACUUUGGGCAAAAGACAGACUACACCUUGGACUGGUCGCCAGUCAAUUACAGGGCUAAUGUAAAAGCAAAUUAGUUACUUCAAAUGAUAAUGAGUUGUCAUCACCUCCACAGCAAGGCAGUCACGCAAAGCAAGAAAGAAAAUCCGGCUUCUUGCUUGUAUUCUUUAUGUAAGCGUUUGUGAUUCUUCUUUCAUUCUACCCGAUUACGUUAAUAUUGUAUUUCUGCAGUCAGUACGAAAGUAUGUGUCUCUCCAAGAAAAACUGAACGGACUCAUCUCAUUGUCACACCUUUCCAGGAACGUACUGUGUACAUGGGUUUGAUGAAGGAAACGAGACACCGCUGCAGCCUCAGAACUUGCUUCCUAUUUUAGAUUGAACUUGAACUUGGCUAAUGACUUAUUUCCUGUGACUCUUUCCUGUUUAAUAUGUACAAAAAGCCCCCAGAGCACAGACGUCUUGUAUUUAAAAUGUGACUACAGCUUAGGUGUGAAGUGAGAUACUGCAUAUGCUGUGGGCUUCCAUAUCAACGAGCGGUUCUCAAAGUGUAAUAACUGAUCUGAAAUAUGAUGUGCAAGGCUACAUAGCAGUACAAGAACGCAAAUGGCUAUGUGGCAACAUGACUUGUGUCUAUUAUUACAGUCCCUCGCCUUCUAUUUGAUCGAUGACUUCAAGACUGCUUUAGUACGUCACUGCUAUGUAUUUUUGGGCAAUUUCAAACAAAUAUUUUGAACGUAUUAUUUGUAUUUUCCGGAAGCUAAGGGUUAGCUAGUCCGUGUAAAUAUUUCCAGCCUUUGUCUCUUAGCCAUCAACCACAUUUUUCAAACAAAGCCACAGACAUUUGAAUGCUUUUUGCAUGUCUCAGGUGGAAUCCUUGACAAUAACAAGUAUACAAACAAUACUACAGUACAGUACACCAUUAACACAGUAAGAAUAAAAAUGUAAACUCUAAAACGGCUGUGUUAUGUGUUUUGUGUGACGUGUUGGCUUAGUUUAAAGUCAGGCGCGGCGAAGGAGAAUUCUUUGCGAUGUCACCAUCGGUACAGGUGCUUGCGAGGGGUGGGGCAGGAUGACCAAAUAUGUGGUCGACUUUGAACAAUCCUACAGACGGUUUGAGAAACACUGUUCGGUCGGUCUGAUGCACAGCGUGUGAAGAGACAAAAAAAAAGAACUGCUAAUACUUCAAAUGGGCAACUUGUGGGCUUUCCGUCUCUUCCAGCGUCUACUUUAAAGCAAAUUUGCAUCCCAUUGGAGCUGAAGCCCUAACAUAUGUGCAAAGAUGGAUAAAUUGCGUAUGAUGUUCCAGUUCCUUCAAUCCAACCAGGAAUCUUUUAUGAAUGGGAUCUGUGGUAUCAUGGCCCUGGCUAGUGCACAGAUGUACUCUGCCUUUGAGUUCAGCUGUCCCUGUAUUCCAGAAUACAACUACAGCUAUGGGAUCGGGCUGCUGAUCAUCCCACCGAUUUGGUUUUUCUUAUUAGGAUUUGUAUUGAACAAUAAUGUGUCUGUGCUAGCAGAAGAAUGGAGAAGACCUACGGGAAAGAGGACAAAGGAUCCAUCAAUCCUUCGCUACAUGUUUUGUUCAAUCACACAGAGAUCUUUGAUAGCACCUGCAGUUUGGGUGUCGGUGACUCUCAUGGACGGAAAGAGCUUCCUCUGUGCUUUCAGCAUCAAUCUGGAUGUUGACAAGUUUGGGAAUUAUAGUCUCAUCAAGGGGAUGUCCGAGACAGAGAAGAUAAAACUGCUGGCUAAGAUUCCAUGUAAAGACUUAUUUGAACAUCAGGAAGUCAGAGUAGCGGCGUCACGCUACAUCAAGUGCAUAUCACAGGCUUGUGGCUGGAUGUUUUUGCUCAUGAUGACCUUCACAGCAUUCCUGAUCCGUGCUAUUCGACCUUGCUUUACUCAGGCUGCUUUCCUCAAAACCAAAUACUGGUCUCAUUAUAUUGACAUUGAGCGCAAGAUAUUCGAUGAGACCUGCAAGGAGCAUGCCAAGAGCUUCGCCAAGGUUUGCAUCUACCAGUACUUUGAAAAUAUUAGUGGAGAGAUGCGCAACUUACAUCAUCACUCCAGCAAGGAUGACAGUGACUAUGAGGAUGAUGAUAAGAGAAGGAACGAAGAAGACAAACUCCUGGGUAUCAGGGUCCAGGAUGACAUGAAUAAAGCUUUGUGCAACUGGCACAUAUGCAAGCCAGCUCUUGCGUUGAGAAAAGAGCAAAAAAAUGGUGAAAACAAUGACAAACUGCAUAGAGAAGGCGGUGGAGCAGUAAAUGGGCUUGCAAACGGCCACACUCAUAAUGUGGAGAAAAAGGAAUGGGCGGUGUAUUACAGUAAAGUCUGACCUCAAAGGGACAAAGGACUACGUGCUUGAAAUACCUUUGGUUUCCGGAGUGUAUCAGAAAUGUGUUUGUGAAUGAAUUUUCAGUCUGUUGACAGGCUCAUUUAAUGUGCUUACAACCCUCUACUUUGGGUACAAUGCGCAUCUAAUGUAGGCUAACGCAAAAGCUGUACAUAUGUACU